AUGAUGCAAGUAUGUUUGCGGCGUGGCGUGCAGUGCGGACUGCGACGUACCCUCAGAGUGCGCUGUCUAUCAGCAGUCCCAGCCCCCCAGAUUGACUCGGAGUCUGGUGUAGCUGGAGUUCCUGAACACGUUCUAUCUCUCGCUGAUCAGAUCUGCGGACUCUCAUUACAUGAAACUGGUCAGCUUACCAAAGUCUUAAAAGAACGCCUUGGUAUUGGAGAGAUAGCGUUGGCAGGACCUGCUGCUGCUGCUGCUCCAGCUGCUGAAACUGAAGCUGAGCCUGAACCCGUUGUUGAAGAGAAGACUUCAUUUGAUGUUAGAUUGUUGGGUAUUGACAGUAGUAUGAAAAUUAAGUUAAUAAAAGCACUGAAGGAGACAAUACCAGAUUUGAACCUAGUGGCUGCUAAAAAAAUGGUAGAAUCUGCGCCUUGUAUGUUGAGGGAGAAGAUACCGAAAGCAGAGGCAGAGGCCCUUAAAGCGAAGUUAACAGAGUUUGGUGGGGACGUGGCGUUAGAAUAA